AUGGCAGAUACGUGGGUUAUCGUCGGCGCCUCUCGAGGUAUUGGCCUUGAGUUCGUCCGUCAAAUACUGCAAAGUGGCCACCACGUCAUCGCAGGGGUUCGGAACGUGUCGAAAGCCGAUCGAAUUUUAGAAUUGAAGUCUCAUUGCACAAUGCCGGAGCGCUGUAUCAUUGAAGCGUGCGAUAUUACAAACGAAGAGAGUAUCCAGAAAUUUGCCAACAAGGUUGGGGAAGCUGCCCGAAGUGGACUUAGAGUGAAGAAUAUUGUACUCAAUGCUGGCAUCCUCCGAUAUCCCAACCGUGCAACUGAAAUCUCCUUUUCCGACUUUGCGCUCCAUUUGCACACCAAUACUAUUGGGCCUAUUUUAUGUGCACAGAAACUAGUGAAUCUCGACCCGGAAUCACCACCUUCCAAGGUUGUGUUUAUUUCCUCGGACUCUGGUUCGGCUACUAUCUUCCGAGAUGAUGAAGAUGGUUUUGGGGCUUAUGGCGCAAGCAAGGCCGCACUCAACCAAAUGCUUAGACACAUGGCGGCCGAAUUAACACGAAGAGGCGGAAAGUGGAGCCAUACAAGCGUUCUAGCUAUGCAUCCAGGUGAAGUGCAAACAGAGAUGGCAAAUAUUGAUCUCAGUUGGGAAGUGAAAGGGUCUAUUCAGGCCGAUGAAAGCGUUACGGGAAUGCUCAAAGUCAUCGAGGAGAAGAAUGAGACUGGCAGUUUCUGGUGCUGGGAUGGAAGGCGACACCCCUGGUAG